CGAUUUAGUCGGCUCGAGUGUCGCUUGCGCGACUCGGCGAUUGGUGGGAUUCAGCGCGAACUCGUUUACCCGCCAUUUUGAAUGCAGCUUGAGGCCCGGGGUGCAGCCGCGAUGUCGGAAUCGGAUAGCGUGGCGGUUGAAAACAACUUGAAAAAUGCAGCAGAAGAGAAAGCCCCUCCUGAGGACAAGCAAGAGGAUGGCAACUCUGCUGAGGAGAGCAGUGAAGAUGAGGAGCCCAAGUUGGGCCUGCUGGACCAGCCGCUGGAGUUGUCUGGGUCUCGGCAGCGCAAGAAGGUUGAGCGCCUGGACGUGAGCUUCCGCACAGCGAGCCGUGAGCGGCCUCCGCCGGAGCAAGGCAAGGGCACUGCCCUGGGCGAGUGCCCCCGCAUCGAGCACAACAUCAGUCGCGAGCGCUCCGAGAGCCUCAAGGUGUUGCACCGGCUGCUCUUUGGACGCCCAGGAGCACCAUCCGAGAUCAAGAAGAACUUGCGCAAGUUCAAUGGGUUUCCUUUUGAGAAGGACUCUGCAGAGUAUCUCAAGAGACAGAAGAUGGUGGCAAAGCUCAAGAAGGCUGCCCAGAAGGACCUGUUGGGCAUGCUUGACUUGGAGAAGAGUGGCACGGUCGAGGAGUGCACGGAUCGCAUCCUCAGCUUCCUGCUCAAGCCCUUCGAUAACAAGAAGCCCCUCCCAGCUGCCAAGAAAGGAAAGAGAAAGUCCUCAACUCCUGGUUCUGCUGGCAAGGGCCAGGCCAAAAAACGAAAGACUGCAACUCCCAAGGCAGAGAAGAAGGGGAAAACAUCUCGAAAACGGCUUACUGACGAUGAUGAAUCUGAGGUCGAGUCUGAGGACUCUGCGCCAAGCGAGGAGGAGGAAGAGGAGGAGGAGGAGCCAGCCAAGAAGGCCAGGAAGAGCACCACUCCGGCCAAGCGGAGGAGAGCAGCGAAGAAGAAAGAGGAGUCUGACGAAGACGAGUCCGACAAGAAGGACGAGUCGGACGACUCAGAUGAAAAAGACGAGGACGAUGAGAAGGACAAAUCCAAUGACAAGGACGAGUCUGAUGAUGAAAAAGAGGACUCCCCACAGAAGAACAACACUGACAAGCAAAAUGAAUCUGAGGAAGAAGACAAAGAGCCCGAAAAGAAGGUCGAAACCCCAAAGAAGGUAGAGACGAACAAGAAGGCUGAGAAAAAAGCCGAGUCUGCCAAGAAGGCCGAGCCUGUAAAGAAGGCGGAGACUGCAAAAAAGACCGAGCCCGCGAAGAAGACCGAGCCCGCAAAGAAAGCCACUCCUGCCAAGAAGGGUCGGAAGAAGCAAGAGUCUGAGGACGAGGACGAAGCAGACGAGAAGCCUGCCACAGAUGGCAAGGCAUCUGCCAAGGCUACUGACUGUACAGAGCCCACGGAAGCAGACAUCAAGGAGCUGAUCAGAGGCAUCCUGGAUGGGGCUGACCUGGAGGAGAUCACCAUGAAGAAGGUCAUUCAUGAGGUCUUCGACAAGUAUCCCAACCAUGACCUCUCUGGCAAAAAGGAGUAUAUCAAGUCAACAGUACGAUCGCUCAUCUCAUGAUUGGGUUCUCAUCCGAAGUCCUUGCAACAGCGCUGAGCAAGGAAUGGUCCCCAACGAGAGUCUUUUUUUAAUCCCAUUUACCUAGACUGAUGCUGCUGCCCUCCUUUUCCAUCGUGUCUUGGCAGGGGCACGCAUUUGUUGGCAUACUGGUUAGGUUCUGUUGGCUGCGUGCAAAGAGCAAUUCACUAGUGGCAGACCGAAUCGUUUUACGAAGAACAAAAUGAAUUCUCUUUCUUCCGCCUCGAUGACCCAGCACAGUGGGGUGAAGCACCAACUAGUUGUGUAGUCGUGGCCAAUUCAUUCUAUUAUGUUGUGCACUCGUGGUAUUUGUUUCAACAUCUCUGGCUGGAAAUUAACUGCCUUUUUUUUUCUGUUACCCAAGCUUGAUUUUGACUUGAUUCAAGUCUAGUGUGCACAAGCCCAGCAUCUGUACUCCGGUGUUCACUUUAUUUUAUGUCAAGUGCAUUGUAUAUAAGCCAUUCACUCAUUGUUGGUCUGCUGCAGUUCUAGAAGUAUAACCUUUUGAAGGGAUUUAAAAGCCACGAUGGCAUUGCUCGGGGGCAAAAAAAUGAUUUUAGUGCAUUGUGUAAUAGUUUUAGCAGCCACAAAGCCUUGUUAAAAUGCCUGAGCUCGUAUCACUUUUGCGAGUGGAAAUAAAGUGGUUUUCAUUUUGCA